UGUUGGUGUCUCUCUUUAGCAUGAAUAUAUAUAGCAAUUCCACUCCCCAUCUGCAUCAUUUCCACUCCCCCCAAUAGCUUAGCCUCCCUCCCCUUUGUAUUCUCAUCACUUUGGGCCGCCUUCCUAAAAUGGAAAACUUUCUACAGAGGGAAUUGAUCCCUUCUCCCCCUCAUUGUUUCAAUGUUGAUCCGAUCCUCUGGGUUGCUCUAGGGAUGACCUCUAACUUACCCGAUUCUCGCUCUUCUUCUUCUUCUUCUUCGUCUUCUCCUAAUGGAUCCAUCACAUGCACCGGUUCGAAUCAAUUUUCGGUGUCUGAUCCACCAACACCAACCUCGAUAUCGCCCUCCUUGGACCUUCCUAGCUUAUCGCUUUUCUGGCAUGAUCCGGCAAAACCGAACCCUUCAGCUCAAAUUCAGAAUUUUCUUUCGAAUAAUGAGAGCCCUGAUCACCGUAUCCCGACUUCGAUGAACCCACUCUGCUCCAUUCCAUUGCUCGGGCAGUUACAUGCGGAACAGGUCAAAACCGACCUCGGCAUGACAAACUCUGCUUCCAACUGGCUUAGUACUAUCAGAACUCAACCGAUGAAGUGCACUGGGCGGAAAUCUCCGAACAGGAUGCCGGGGAAGCUCUUUCGGGGAGUGAGGCAGAGGCACUGGGGAAAAUGGGUUGCUGAGAUCCGACUGCCCCGGAACCGGACCCGUGUAUGGCUUGGGACUUUCGACACAGCAGAAGAGGCCGCGAGAGCCUAUGACACGGCAGCUUAUUUACUAAGAGGAGAGUAUGCCCACUUGAACUUCCCAGAUCUGAAGCACGAGCUCAAGGCCAAUUCCACCACAGCUGCUCUCCUCGAGGCGAAGAUGCGAACGAUUUUACAAGGGAACCAGACGACCUGUAACACGAACUUGAGUUCAUACGCGAGUUCAAGUGCCUUCCUGCACAAGAAAGUGCCUGUGUUGGAUCAGUCACCCAAGAACCCCGUACCCAAUCUUGACUCAACAGUCAAUGUUUUGAGCCAACAUAGCCCAGCAGGGAACGACUCAAACGACUCUAAGCCAGCAUUCGAGAGCAAAUUCGGGUCAUCUUAUCAUCAUCAGACGGCAGGCAGAGAAUCAGAGGCAGUUCAGUUGAGUAGAAUGCCAUCUUUGGACAUGGAAUUGAUUUGGGAAGCUAUUUUAGUCUCGGAAACGUGACCUCUCUCUCCCUUGAACUUCUCUUUGUACGCACGUCACAAAAACUGUCAUCGGAUUUGAAAAACUUACAUUUUUUUUUUGUUAUAAGAGAGACUCAUUCGCCUAUUACAUUAAAAUAGAAAUCCCAAGUAUCUCAUAAAAGGGCAUGGAUAAUCCUUUUGGGUAUCGAAUCUGGGACCUCUUGGUCACCAGACGAGAUGUAUGCCACUGUGCUAUACCCUCUCUGCAUAACUUGCAUUUUCUCCUUGGGGUAAAAAUCUCGUCUAUGGUCUGGUACAGCCACUGGACAUUGUACAUUCAAAUACAAUGCAUAUAUGAUAAUACUCGAUGCCUGUAUUGAGUGCUAGGCGAGCUUUCACGACUGAGUUUCUUCCAGAAAGCUAGGAAUAAUUUUUACAAUAUGCUUUCAAUCAAUCGAUGGUCUGAUUUUCAAUAAUCCCAUGUUUGUAGCUCCUUCUGCACUUCUAUGUUAUAGAAGCUUUUAGCUUAUGAGCUAUUUUUUUAAAAAAAAAUUAUUCCAUUUGAUUAUUGUAGAAGCAUAAACUGGAGGAAUGAAACAUUUAUACAGUCCAAAGGGGGCACCUUCAGCUUCUACGCCACAGCUUUCCGAUUGAGACCAUAUGAUGUGCUCAGCCUAAUAUAUAUAGUUAAAAUGCUCGUUCGGGAAUCGGCUGAUGCAGUUUUAAGUUGUUCGUAACUUUAUUUUUUUUCAGUUAAUAUUUGUGAUGGGAGCCCCAAAAUAACCAAAAUCCCAGUUCCGGCCAUUCUUUGGGUACUCAUUGUUAAUUCUUUCGAUUCAAUAAAGGCAUCAUAUGAAAAAUUAAUCGCA